GAAAAGAAAAACUAUGUCGCAAUUUCUUAUACCUGGGGAGAACAUCCGAACAAGAGCAAAUCUCUCUUUCUCGACGGCUCUGUGUUCCCCUGUACUGAGGCAACAUAUAAUGCUCUGUACCAAGUUUCCAGCAUGUGGACAUCACCACUCAUUUGGAUUGACUAUGUCUGCAUUGAUCAAUACAACGAUACAGAGAAGGGCGGACAACUGCAGCUCAUGAGAUACAUUUAUUCUCGAGCAGAAGAGGUUCGGGUG